UGGGCUGAGCCCUCCCAGGAGCGGUGAUGCUCGAGGGACAAAGCUGAUUCUGGGGCCGGGGCGGUACCCGAGGGGCCGGGCCGGGGCUGCUCCUGGGCAAAAGAACCGUGCCGGGGGGGGGGUAGAUCGGUCUGGUCUCGGAGCGGAGGGGGCAGGAAGAUCUGAGCGCGGGUCCGCAGCAGCCGCAGGACUCAAAGCCCGGGCAGCCCCGCGCAGUGCACGGAGCCCGGUGUCCCGCCCGGGUGGGCCGAGGCGGCGCUGACUCAGCCGGGAGGGGCGGCGGAGGAGGAGCGGCUGGAGCCUCCGCUGCGAGCCGCUCACCUGCCCGGCUCCGCCAUGGCCCGCCGCCUGGCCGCCCUGCUCCUGCUUCUCGCCCUCGGCUGCCUACUGGGCAUCCUCGUCCUCCUCCUCGGCUCUGGGGACACACGGGGCCCGCCGGGCUUCAAGUACGGCAUUGUGCUGGAUGCUGGGUCCUCCCACACCGCCAUGUUCGUCUACAAGUGGCCUGCAGACAAGGAGAAUGACACCGGGGUGGUCAGCGAGCACACCAUGUGUGAUGUGGAGGGUCCUGGCAUCUCCAGCUACAGCUCAAACCCUCUGGCAGCUGGGACAAGCCUGGAGCACUGCCUGAACCAGGCCCUGAGAGAUGUACCCAAGGAGAAGCACACGGGCACCCCGCUUUACCUGGGUGCCACGGCUGGCAUGCGCCUACUCAACAUUGCGGACCCACAGGCGUCGGACGCUGUCCUCAGAGCUGCAGCAGCCACGCUGAAGAUGUACCCCUUUGAUUUCCGGGGAGCAAAGAUCCUGUCAGGGGAAGAGGAAGGGGUCUUUGGCUGGGUCACUACAAACUAUCUCCUGGAGAACUUCAUCAAGCGUGGAUGGCUCGGAGAAUGGAUCCAGCCACAGAAAAAGACCCUGGGGGCCAUGGACUUUGGAGGUGCUUCCACGCAGAUCACCUUUGAAACCAUGGACACAAUUGAAAACCCCAGAAACGAGGUGAUGUUGAAGCUGUAUGGCCAGGCAUACAAAGUGUACACGCACAGCUUUCUCUGCUAUGGGAGGGACCAGGUCCUCAAGAGACUGCUCUCCAAGUUCCUCCAGGCUGAGAGCUACCAAGAAACUGUCUCACAUCCCUGCUGGCCUAUGGGCUACAACAAGAGCCUGUUGAUGAGCAGCAUCUAUGACAGUCCCUGCACACUGAAGGAGAGGCCAAGCCUUGCUCUCAACACCACUGUUACCUUGGUCGGCACUGGGAAUGGGAACCUCUGUGCUCUGCAUGUCAGCAAGCUCUUUGACUUCACCAACUGCUCCUUCUCUCACUGCUCCUUUGAUGGUGUUUUCCAGCCAAAGGUUUCAGGAAACUUCAUUGCCUUCUCUGCCUUCUUCUACACGGUGGAUUUCAUACAGACCGUGAUGGGAAGACCUGUGCACCUGCCCAGCGACCUGAAGGAUGCUGCAGAGACCAUCUGUGCCACCAGCUGGAGUAAGCUGCUCCUGAAAGCCCCAAAGCUGGAGAAAAGGCUGCCAGAUUACUGCGCUGUCAGCACAUUUGUGUAUUUACUCACCACUAAAGGCUACAGCUUCAACAACCACUCCUUCCCCAACAUUGCCUUCCAAAAGAAGGCAGGAGAAACCUCUAUUGGCUGGGCCCUGGGCUACAUGCUGAACCUCACUAACAUGAUCCCGGCAGAGAAGCCCUCCUCCCACAAAAGCAUGCUGUACAAUUACUGGGUCAUCCUCAUCCUGCUCUUCGUGGUCACCACCCUGACAUCCCUGGUGACUGCCAUCUGCCUGCUCCGGCACAGCAAGUCCAGCAUAAUCUGAUGGCAGGGACAGGGUGAGCCAUAUCUGCAGGACCAGCACCAUCCUACCUGCUGGAGGCUCCAUGGUCUGAAUGCUUGGGAUGUGGCAAGCACUCAAUGUCCUCCUCCAAAACCUGACACCAUCCCAGAAGGGUAUCUGUGUCCUUUUGCCCUCCCCUUGCCCUCAAGCUGCGGGAAAGGAAGGACAGAAGAGGAUCAGUGGUCCUGUGGGAGAAGAGCUUAAAUGUUUCCCAGCACUACUCAGGGAUGCACUCUGGAGCAGGCUUGGAAAUAGGACAUUCAGAGCUAAGAUAUAUUUUUGCCACCAGAGCUGAGCUGAACUGGACCAAUGAGCCCAAGCAACAACAGGAUUAAUUUUCAUUAAUUUUCAUGUGUAUGUGUAUGAAUGGGGAAUAUUACUUACACUAGUCCUUAUAGCCAACUUUGCUAGCCUGUCCCUGGAGCCUUCUCAGGAGCUCAGGGCAUCACCCAAAGCUCACAUUGUCUUCCUGGCUGAUGUACAAACCCCACUGACCUUCCUGAAGGCAAGGUCUUUUCCUUGGCCAUUGGCCUCAGCUUUGGGUAUGGACCUAGCAACAACCAGAUGUGGGAAGAUGGCAGCUUCCAGGUCCCACUUCAACAACCAGACAUGAUGUCUUCACUAUCCCUGUGGUUUCUAUGCCAGACUUGUCUUUGCCACAGCCAGAGACUCCUGCACACCCUAGUUCCUGUAGCUCUGUGCUGCAUGGCCAUGCUGGCACAGAGCCAAUGAGCUCCUGCACUGUGGAGCUUUGCUCUGCACUGGGAUUUGAGCCUAGCAUCACCCCACACCAGGCAACGAGGAGGAUGCACCUUCAUUGCCAAUUGAGUAAGAACAGGGAUGUACAAAUAUGAAGAAGGUUUGGUUUUGUUUGAUUUUUUUAAUAAUCUGAAAUAAACCUUUGUAACCACUGCUAUGGCUCAGUGGCUUGUGAUCAGCAACAGGCAGUUCAGCCUGGCUGUCCUAUGGGACACAUCUACUGGUCAGGCUCUGCCCGAACAUCUCAUCCCUUGCAGCCUGUCCAGUGCUGAGACACUGUCACAGCUCUGUGCACUCUACCAGCCUGGAGAUGACCUCAAAUAGACCAAGGUGGGCUAAAAACCUCAGUCCAGACCCAGGCCCACCUGGAGGUGGAGGAGCUCCAGUCAGCCACAGUCACAAAGCUCAUGCUUCCCCAGUGCUGGAGGUGCAGUCACCCCAAAGCCAGGAGCAGGCAGCUCAAGCUGUCCCUCACUGCCAGUCCCCAGCAAAACAACCUGCCAGCAGCCUCCACUGCCAGGGCCCAGUGCUGGUGCUCAAGGGUGGCAGCAAAGCAGCUCACAUUUGCUGCUGCAGUCACUGGCAGCUCAGGAUAUACGUCACAGUGCUCAGCAGCUGCAUGGGACUGGUCCCAGCCCUCCAAUCCUUUGGGAAGCCUCUCCCUGCCCUGCACGUUCCACAAACACUAGAAAGGAGUGGCUGUAGGGAGCUGCAGUUUCUCACCAACCUCUUUGCUCCUGCUGGCAGCACCAAUUCUGCUCUAUGCGUUUGCUCACUUCCCAUCCACCCUGCUCCAGCUGAACUCCUGGAAUGCCAUGCUUGAUUUAACACACCUGCUCCCUGCAGCACUUUACUUUCAGCUCUUCCACUGUGUCAUGGUUUAACACUGGCUGCUCUCCAUCUCUCUGCACAGGGCAAACCUGAUUCCAGUUCAGAGGAUGCCAUGAGCCUCCAAGCCCAGCUUCCUCCCCAGGCUCAUCUCCUCAGCACAGGGACUCCCUCCUGUGGUGACGUUCAGGGCCUGUCUCUCCCACGGAGAAGGCACUUCUGGUUCCUGAAGUUGAAACACUGCUCUAAGAACCUGGGCAGCUCCCAGAAUUCAGGCUGGGUUUUUUCUUCUAAGAAACUCAGCUGCAGCUGAAUCAGAGCUGGAUGUCCACCAAGAGCAGACAAUUUACCUAGUCACAAUUUGGAGUCUGACAUGGAAAAACCCAACAUGCUCCACUGUGUGCAUGGGAUUCGAAAAAGUACCAUUACCUUGCCAAGUAGUUAUGGAUCUGGAUGGGCAAUCUGGGACUAGCCAGUGACAGGUGAGCACUGCAGAGAGGGACCCUGGGCACAUGGUCACCUCUGUUGCAGGGCAAGGGGACACCCCAGAGGCCACCCAGCUGUGGGACUCAGUUCAGGUCUGUUCAUGUAGGUAUGAAAAGCCUUGCUGCUGUUGUGGAAGGGACAUGGGGACUGGCUGGACUCAGAAAACACAGGUGACACAGCAACAGCUCUGCCCUCACAACUCAGCCAAGACCUGUCUGCGCCUGCAGUCUCAGAGCAAUACAAGUGGUGACUGUGACUGCUAUCACCACAGAGGGACCAGAGCUCUCUGCUCAAACAUUCACUGCAGAGGUUGCCUCAGACUGACAUUCACCACCUGCUCUUCCCUUCACCUCAUCCACAACGAGUGCAUUCAGCUCUGAACUUUUAUUGUACGCCCAGUGCAAUGUGCAGAGGCCAUGGGGCAGGCAGCAAUCCCUGAGGUGCCUCCACCACGCUCUCUCUUGCAGGAUCAAGUCCUCUGAGCUUUUCAGAAGUGUCACCAAGCCCACCACCCUCAUGGCGGGCAGUGUGAUGGGCAGCGUCAGCUUGGACAGGCAGGAGAGGGUGAAGGACAUGGGCAUGGCAGGCUAUGCUCUGCUGGCUACUCCACCACAUCACCGUACCCGUUCCUCCUCACCAGUGUUGCAGCGCCGUCCCUGUCCUCUGCACUAGUGAGGUUUUCUGCAACAACAAAGUACAAGUUCCCUGGACCUCCAACUACCCUGGUGAGUUUGCCAAGCAUGGGCAAAGAACCACAGAGCCUUGGAGAAGCAUGUAAAGUCUCUUCAAGUCGGCCUAGCUUUAGAAGCUCAGGGUAUGUAUAGGAGAAAGCAGCAAGCAGCAACAAGAAUUGUCCAGCAGCAGCUAUCUGUCUUGAUGCCCCUCCAAUUCCACCCACCCUACUGAGCAGCAAAUCCCUCCAAACCUCAGUUGCUCUCUCCAUCCCUUACCUUCUCCUUCCUCUUCCAGCAAAUGAGCCUUUUGUAUUGGCUUUCACGAAUACCCAAAAUAUGCAGGGCAGAAGGCAGCAGCAAGUACACCCAACCCACAUCACCAGCCCUGCUCAGGAACCCACUGUGCCAGGUCCACAGAGGGACAGGGGAGGCAUGAAUCCAGGUAAGGAGCUCCACCCACCAUGAGUGCUCCUGCUACACCCCUUGGCUACAGGGUGCCAGUGUGGGACUUAAUAAUGAGAUUUUGGCAAUGACACGGCCACCAGAUAAAUUACAAGACAGGAACAGCAAAGUAAUGAUUGCAGCAGGGAAGAACAAGGCACAAGAAGCUCAGGCAAAGUGGUAGGACGAUAUGACUAUACCUGCAGGCUGAGAUACCCCACCAGUCACAGCAAGCUCUUGUAGGGACUUGCCCGUCUCCAGAUAAAUCCAGAAGUUGGAGCAUUUCUGCGUCUCAGCUCUGGUUACCACGUAGCUUCCGAGGGACCCUGCAGCUAGGGCGGCCGAGGUGCUCCUGGGAGUGCCAGGAGCACCACGGUGGGGACAGCACCUGCUGCCGCGAACCCUCCUGAGCCCUGGGGACCGGGGCACAGGGAGGUGGCUGGAGCCAGAGACGAGGCUCCACAACAAUGGCAAACACCCCUCUGUACCGCUCGGGCUGGGCACUUACCCGCAGCCAACAGCAGGCUCCACUGCGGGCUGUACGGCAGCUUCUGCCGCGCCAUCUUCUGCACCACGAAGGCGGCCCCGCUGCCUGCCGAGACCGGGACCAGGGUUACCAGACACGGCCGGGACGUCCCCGCUGCCCCCGGGGAGCGACCAAGGACAGCCCGGGGAAUGCCGGGGUGGCUCGACCGGCCCGUACCUGCCAGGAAGGUGCCGAUGCCCUUCAUGAAGGCGUGAGACUGGCAGGCCGCGUACUGCUGCAGCGCCUGCGGGGAGGCGUCAGCGCAGGGCCGGAGGCCCACCCAGCUCCCUCAUCCCCAGCCCCCUCAUCCCCAGCCCCCUCAUCCCCAGCCCCCUCAUCCCCAGCCCCCUCAUCCCCAGCCCUUCAUCCCCAGCCCGCCCGCACUCCCAGGCCCCCCAGCCCGUCCCCCGCGGGGCGCACCGGGUGCUUGGCGGCCACUUCAUCCUCCACCCGCCGCACGCCCAGGUUCACCAUGGCGAGGCCGCCGGGCUCGGCCCCGAGCAAGACCCACCCCUUCCGCCGCGGCCAUGGCGGAACUGGCCGGGCCGUUUCGUGUGCUCCGAACCGGGACAGGCCGAUUCCUCUGCUACUGCGGACCCGGCGGCACCGUCUAUGUGACCGACGCGAUGGAGGUCUGGGCCGGGGAGCUCGGUGGCUGCUCGGCGCUCGGCUGUCGGUGCCCGCCGGAGGAGCUCGGUGCGAUGCUCAGGGCCGCCCUUGCUCACGGGGCUGCCGCGCUGAGCCGGGGCCCGGGUUCGGCCCCGCUCCGACUCCCAGAGCAGCCGCAGUGCCCGGCCCGGGCCCUCGCCCCGCUGCCUGCCGCCGACGCGCGCAGCCGGCUGCAGGCGCUGGUCUUCGGCAUGGCCGGCUGCAUCGAGAGCCUGGAGAGGCGCCUGGAAGGUCCGAGGUGGCUUUUAGAAGAGGGGAGGACUAGCCGCUCCUGCCACCUUCAUGGGAUCGUCAUCCCCACCUGAAGUGCCCUGGGUGUCCCAGUUCAGCUGCAGCAGGAGAGGGCUUCACCCCAGACCCGAGCCCUAGGAAGAGUAAGGCUUCUGGCUCAGCUUUGCCAGCCAAAAGGAAGCUACCAGGAGAGUCUCUCAUUAACCCUGGUUUCAAAAGCAAGAAGGCGCCAUUUUGAGGACUCCUGAUGGCUGCUGUCCUGUGCCUUGAUGACAGCCCUAUGGACCCCUGUGUCUGAACAAGGAGGUGUUCCGGACCUGCUGAGCUCCUUGACAACAGAGGCAGCGGUACCUGGCAGCCACCCCUUAGCUUUCCCCUUUGGGGGGAGCAGUUGGAGCAGAGGGGACAGCUAGCUAGUCCCUGCCAGCAGCUCUUCCCUGCUGGCAGGGACUAGCUCCUGACUUCACUUACCAUAAACUGGUGGAGUUUGGAUGGAGCUUUGAUGCCGUGGAAUGGAAAGAUUAUCUGUACUUUGCUUCUUGCCAGUAAAGAUGUUUUUAGCCA